AUGUUUGACAACAUGCAGUACCCCUAUAACUGCUUCAAUUAUGAUGGGGAUGAUUAUCCUACCUGUAGUUCUGACGAGGAGAAAAAAUUCACCAGACCAGCGUACAGCUACAUUGCCUUAAUUGCAAUGGCCAUCCAGCAAAGCCCUUCAAAUAAAGUCACCCUCUCUGGCAUUUAUGACUUUAUAAUGAAGAAAUUUCCUUACUACAGAUCAAAUCAAAGAGCCUGGCAGAACUCCAUCCGACAUAACUUAUCGCUUAACAGUUGUUUUGUGAAGGUUCCCAGAACAGAAGGGAAUGAGAAGGGGAAAGGAAACUAUUGGAGCUUUGCAACGGGAUGCGAAUCCAUGCUGGAUCUCUUUGAAAAUGGGAAUUACAGGAGAAGACGGAGGAGGAGGAACGUGAAGAGGGAACAUAAGGAGCAGAGACCAAGCAGAGUGAAAAGCCCUUCAUCCCCCAAUAUCUCCUCUGUGGACUCUGCUUUGAACAACAUUUCCUCUUCUGAAAGUAAACAUGAAAGAAUUGAACCGGGCCCAAAACUUCUGGAGCCUUGUGGGUUUGCUCCAAACAGCGUGACCAACAGGCAGAGCCUAAGCAAUUCCUCCUUAGCAAAAUCGGAUUCUGAAAUCAAAUUUAGCAUCGAUUACAUCCUUUCAGCCCCUGACCCUUUGCCUGUCCUCAGAUCUCAAUAUAACAUGCAAGAAAAUAAAUAUCACCUACUGGAGGCCCCGCAUAUUAAUCUCCAGUUCUGGACAAUGUGA